AUGAAAAUUGUUGCUUUACCUAAGGGUGGACAAAAAGCUGUGCAUGGUCCAUGUGUUUGUGUACCAUCAGAUAUUUCAAAGAUCACAACAACUUUGCCUAGAUCAGAAGAUGAUAAUUGUUUAGUGAAAGUAAAAUUGAAAAGAAAAUUACAGUACAAAGGUUAUGAGGAAUAUCAGUUUGUGGACACUAAACAUUUGGAAGAAGCCUUGUCCUUUUUAAAAGAAAAUAAUGAUUGGUAUUCAAAUGUUGAAAUAAAUGGAGAGUGGUUGAAUCCAAUUCCAUCAUCAGAGAAUAUUUGUGUUGCUGAAAAAAAAGACAAUAAAAGUUAUACAAGAACUGACAGAGUGAAAGAGGAUAACUUGGAGGACAAAUCAGAUAAAAAAGAACAGGAAGAUGUAGUUGAUUCAUAUUUAGAUGAUAGUUUACAGGGUGUACAGUUGGACACAUGCUUACAGCCUGCUGACAUUGCACAGGAAGCAUUGGAUUUAUUGUUUGAUCAAGAGUUUAAUUUAUCGCCUGCAGAAGGAAAUAAUCCAGUCAGUUUACUGAAAGAAAACGGCAUUGAAGCAAAAACCUUUCCAGUGCAUUACCCUACAGGUAAAAACACCUGGAAUGAGGACAGAGAAGAGAAACUAUCUUUAUUAAGAUACUUUAAUCUGAGAUUAAUGAGUGUCGAAAACAGGUUUGCUAGAGAUACUUCCUACAUAUUCUUUAGCCAGUAUAUGUCUGAACUAGAUAGGGUCAUGUCAAAUGUACAGAUAUCGUUACGGAAAGGGUCAGCUUUUUCAGAUGGACAGAAAGUAACAGGUAAAAUGCUGUGCAAUAAGGAGUCAUUAAAUGGAUUAUUUAGAAAAGAUGAAGCAAUCAAGUUCAUGAAGCCUGUCCGAGGAACACCACCAUAUUGGCAAUCUAUUCAGAAGGACAUUUUUUGUAUGAUUAGACAGUUAGGUAUACCCUCAUUCUUUGCGUCAUUCUCAUCUGCAGAUUUUAGAUGGAAAGAAGUUGUAGAAACCAUACUGAAGCAACAAGGAGAUAUUCGUAAUGUUGACAGUCUUAGUUGGGAUGAAAAAUGUAAAGUGCUUUGUAGUAACCCUGCUACAGUGGCAAGAAUGUUUGAUCACAGAUUUCACAAAUUUCUUAAAGAUGUGAUAAUGUCAGAUGCUGAACCAAUUGGUCAUGUGAUUGACUACUUUUAUAGAGUUGAAUUUCAACAGAGAGGUUCUCCACAUACUCAUUGUGUAUUUUGGGUAGAAAAUGCCCCCAAAUUUGGAGUAGACGAUGAUGAUACUGUUACAAAGUUCAUUGAUAAAUAUAUCUCUUGCAAAUUACCAUUGGAAAGUGAUGACCCAGAGCUUACUGACAUUGUUAAAACUGUUCAACAGCAUAGCAAAAACCACUCAAAAAGUUGUCGCAAAAAAGGAACAGAGUGUCGGUUCAAUUUCCCAAGACCACCAUCUGAGAAAACUUUUAUAUCCAGUCCAAUUGAAGACGAGGAGGAUAAGGAACAUGAAGAAGAUGCUGAUGAUAGUAAGAAGUCAGAUUCUGAAAGCAGUAAACCAUCUGAAAAGACAUUUAUACCAUGCCCAAUGAAACAUGAUGAUAAUGAUCAUCAUGAUAAACAUACUGAUGGUGAUAUUAAUCAGAAAUCAAAAUCUAAGGGCAGUAUCUUAAAAGCAAAACAUAUGUUAGCAUGUUUAUGGGAUGUAAUUAAAGAGUGUGAAGAUAAAACUUUGACUACCAGUGAAUUAUUUUUGAAAGCUGGAUUGUCUCAAGAGGAUUUUCAAGAAUGUUUUAGAUGGAUAACAAACAGAAAUACUGUAGUAUUGAAGAGAAAUAAAGAUGAGUUGUUUAUUAAUCAGUACAAUCCUCAUCUGCUAAAAUCAUGGAAUGCAAAUAUGGAUAUUCAGUACAUUUUGGAUGCCUACUCAUGUGUGGUUUACAUUAUAAGCUAUAUAAGCAAAUCAGAACGUGAACUCGGCUUGUUGCUGCAGCAGACAAAAACUGAGGCAGCUGAUGGAAAUUUGGAUGCACAGCGGACUAUGAAAAAAGUAGGUACAGCAUACUUUCACUUUCGCGAACUUAGUACACAAGAAGCUGUUUUCAGAGUCAUAGGUUUACGUUUGAAAGAGUGUUCAAGAAAAGUGCAAUUCAUUCCACUAGGAGAAAACCCAUGCAGAAUGAGUAUACCCCUCAAAGAAAUUCAACAAAAAUCAAAAACAUUAAAGAUGAAGAAGUCUAUAGAUGAUGGCAGUGAUGAUGAUGAUGGUGAUAGUGAUGAUAUUUGGCUGAAAAGUAUUACUGACAGGUAUAAAAAUAGGCCUGAUUUAGAACGAUUUGAUCAGAUGUGUUUAGCAACAUUUUGUUCCGAAUUUUCAGUCUUGGCAGAGACACAGAUACCAAAUAAAAUUAAUGAGGACACUACAUUCAAACUUAAGAAUGAUAUGGGGUAUAUAAGAAAGAGGACAAGGACCUCUGAUGCUGUUAUCAAAUAUGCAAGAUUUUCUGUAGAGUCAGCUCCUGAACAAUACUACCAAAGUAUAUUACAGUUGUUUUUGCCUCACAGAUUAAAUGAACAAUUGAAACCACCACAGUUUUUAUCAUAUGCAGAUUUUUAUAACUCCGGAUUUAUAAAGUACAGUCAGAUGGAAGACCUCAGUUCAGUUCAAAAUAUAGUCAACUUUAACAUGUCAAAAUUUGUGAAGAAAGACAAGGAGCUAGAGAUUGCUGAGAAACAAUUAGAAGAAAGAGGAUAUCAAGAGGAUGCAUGGGCACAACUAUGUCCAGAAACAGAGAAAGAAAGACAUGAAUGUAAUGAAGUUGGUGAAAACACAACCACUCAAGAGGUAGAUAGUCCUGAAUUAGGUAUACCAGAUUUGAAUCAAACUGACAAGUCAAGUGAUGAAAAUGGAAUGGUUCAAAAAACAUGCUUUUCAAGGUCUGAAGUUAUACCAUUGUUGAGAACUUUGAAUGAGAAACAAAAGCGCAUAUUUUUUAAGAUCAGAGAGUGGUGCAAUUUAAAAGUGAAUGGUAAGAAUCCACCGCCAUUUCAUGUUUUUGUAACUGGAGGAGCCGGAACAGGCAAAAGCCAUUUGAUUAAAUGCUUGUAUUAUGAGGCCACAAGAAUUCUUGCGCACUGUUCCCCAAAUCCUGAUGAUUUGACUGUGUUGUUAACGGCACCAACUGGCACGGCAGCUUUUAAUAUAAAUGGAUUGACAAUUCACAGUUCACUUUCCAUUUUUAAAGGUUUAUCUGUUGAGAAAGCUAUGUUAGGAGAAGAUAAGCUAAAUAGUUUGAGGUCCAAAUUAGAGAAUUUACAAAUUCUCAUCAUAGAUGAAGUCUCAAUGGUCAACAAAAGGUUGUUAUUUUUUAUUCAUGAAAGGUUGCGUCAAAUUAAGAAAAGGCCUGAGAAGUAUCCUUAUGGAGGAGUUUCAGUGAUAGCAGUGGGUGAUUUCUAUCAAUUACCACCAGUAAAAUCAAAAAGGUCAGAUAAACUUUAUGUUAAUGAUCCCUCAAAUCCUUUGAAUUAUCUUUGGAAUGAUCUUUUUUCUGUUGUGGAAUUAGAUGAAGUCAUGAGACAGAGAGAAGAUAGUUUGUUUGCCCAGUUGUUGAAUAGACUAAGGGUCAAACAGAACAAUUAUCCACUAAAAUGUUCAGAUCAAGAAAUGUUGAAAGAGUGCAUAGAUAGUGGACCAGAUGAAGCUCUGCACAUUUAUGCUACUAAUAAUGAAAUUAACAUGUACAAUAACGAAAUGAUUAUGAAGUUGUCGAGUGAGCCCAAAUUAAUUGAAGCUCAAGAUUUUGAAAAGGAUAAGACAACAGGGAAACUUACGAAGAGAAGACAGAAUUUUGCAAAAACUAAUAUUUGUCUUCCAACAUCAAUCCUGUUAGCAGAAGGAGCUCGUGUGAUGAUGAUAAAAAAUGAAGCAGUCAGUGAUGGUUUGGUGAAUGGUGUUAUGGGUACUGUUCUCAGUAUUUCAGAAUUUUCAAAAGGAGCAUUACCAAAAAAUAUAUAUAUUCAUUUUGAUAAUGAUAGAGUUGGAAAAAAUGCAAAAGUUCAGAAGAUAAUAAAUGGAAAUAGAUGUGUUGGAUUAGAACCAUCUACAGAAAAUAUACCAUUCAGUAAUGGAACAAGAAAACAGUAUCCUCUGCAGCUAGCAUGGGCAUGUACUGUUCACAAGGUUCAGGGUUUGACAGUGCAACAGGCAGUUGUCUGCUUGAAUAAAUGUUUUGCUUAUGGUCAGGCAUAUGUUGCAUUGAGUAGAGUUACUUCAAAAAAUGGGCUGACUAUAUUACCAAUUGAUGAUAAAACUUUGAACAAAAAAAUAUACAGUGAUCCUGAUAUAAUGGAGGGAAUCAAAUCCAUGGAUAAUUUUUUGUCUGAAAAUGACACCAUAGUUUCAAAUCAUAAAGCAGGUUUGUCAAUAGUUUACCACAAUAUUCAAGGUCUAAAGGCUCACCAAAAUGAUUUGAAAGCCAAUUCAGACUUCCAAAAUGCAAAUUAUAUCUGUUUGACUGAAACAUGGUUGGAAUCUUGUAGUGAUGAUGUUCACCUUCCUAAUUAUAAACUUCAUCAUUUGCCAAGGUCAGCAGCAUUUGCAUCAAAUAAUCCUUUGUAUGCUUCUUUACAAGAAAUGAGUCAUGGUGGAGUUGGUGUUUAUGUUAAAUCAGAUUCUGAGUAUGAAGAAUUUGCUAUAUCUCAAAAAAAUCUUGAAUGUAUAAUUUUCAAUGUUCCGAAAAUGAAUGUUCUAAUUGCUACUAUAUAUAGAACACAGAAAUACCAAAUUGAACUAUUUUUAAGAAAUGUUGGUGCUCUUUUGUCAGAAUUGACACAGCUUUCAAGCAGCAUUAUUGUUUUAGGAGACUUUAAUCAAGACAUAAUGAAAGGUGGCAGAUCAAUACAAGAUUUUAUGGUUUCAUGGGGAUUUGAACAGUUAGUACAAGAGGCAACAACAGAAGGUGGUACACUGAUUGACCAUGUUUAUAUCAAAAGUUGUGUUAAAGUACAAGUAAGUGUUAUUCCAACUUAUUACAGUUAUCAUGAUGCAAUAUCUGUCAUUCUGGAAAUAAACCCUACUACUUGA